UUAAUCUUUUGUUGAUCCUCCCAUGGUGGAUGCCAGGGCUUGAUAGCUUUUGACAUUUAAUUGACACUUUUCUCCACGUGUUGGAUUCGUCAAAACGUGACGAGUUGAUAACUUGUUAUCCCAGGCAUCCGUCCCACCACUUUGUUCCCCUUCGAAACCCAAACAUUCCGUGCCGAAAUGGAACGAGUGGACGGUCUGCUUUUGAGUGGGGCCCAGCAGCAGCAUCAAUACUUUAAUAGCAGUGAUCAUGCAACAACAGCACACAAAGGCAUGGACAUAGAAUAUAACGCUAUAUCUGGCGUUAACGUCCAAGACCGAGUGCAAUUUGAAGCUGAUAAACAGGCUGUCUACAGGCACCCAUUGUUCCCAUUGCUCGCCCUUUUGCUGGAGAAAUGCGAAGAAGCUACAAGAGGAGAAGUUGACACAAGAGUUGUCCUCCAAGGCCUUGAAAAUGAUGUCAGGGCUUUCGUUCAACAUGAGAGAGAUGGAAACAAGACCUUAAUGACUGACAAUGCAGAAGUCGAUGGACUGAUGCUUAAAGCGUUGCAGGUGUUGAGGAUACAUUUAUUAGAACUGGAAAAAGUUCAAGAGCUUUGCAGAGAUUUCUGCCGUAGAUACAUAGCUUGCCUCAGAGGGAAGCUCCACAGUGAAAACUUGUUGAGGACCGAGGGAGAAAGUGGUGGUCUGGAUGGUGAUGAGGCAGGAUAUGAUAGUAACUGCAGUAACGGCAGUGGAAGUCACCCUUUCAACCUAGACGCUGUAGCAGCUUCAUACAGCUCACAAUACAGGAGAGAUGAAAGUACUCACCAGCCAAGCUCACGCCCAAGUCAAGUAUCGUACGUUCAAUCUUCCUUGUCAUCAGACGAAGAGGAGGAUGCAGUCGGCGGAAAUCCGAACCCAUCAGCCAAGGUUAAGAGAGGAGUCCUGCCUCGAAAGGCAACUGCUGUUCUAAGGUCUUGGUUGUUUCAACAUUUGGUGCAUCCUUACCCAACGGAAGAAGAAAAGAAACAGUUGGCCACCCAGACAAAAUUAACGCUCCUGCAGGUGAAUAACUGGUUCAUCAACGCCAGACGAAGAAUUUUGCAACCAAUGUUGGAUUCGGCCCAUGCUACUCACGCCGGAUCUGCGUCCCUACAACCGGACGUUGAUUUUACUCCCAAACGAAUGCUUAUAUCUGGUGCUGGAAGCAGUUCAGGCCCUGGAAGUGAUGGAGAGGAUGCUCUGAGCUACGGUGAUUCCGACCAGUAAAAAAAAAGUAAUGCAAGAUGACCAUUUUGUUCUCAUUUUGUUUUUCUCAAUCGAGUAUUAAUUGUAGUUUUGCAAUUUGUCAUAUUUGGCAUGUGCACUACGUUCUUAAAACGCAGCAUCAAAGUUCCAAUUAGAUUUGAUUCUCUUCGCUCUGUCCAGUUAUCAAACGUUUAGCUGGUUCCGAGUGACGAGGUGGUCUAAGGAAGCCUUAUACAAUGAGACGACAAAAAAGUAAAUCAUGACCUUAAUAGUUAGUCGAAGUUUUCAGUUCAAUAUUUUUCUGCGACCAUCGAAGUCAUUUCACUUUUUCAUUUUACUCUGAUAUCGACAACUUCCUUGUUUUUCAUCGAAGACGAGUGGGGUUAGUUUCGUUUUAUUUUAAUCGAGUGCGAUUUCGGUACGUACUUAAAAGAGCUUGCAAUACCGUUCAAAUAGUAAUUUAAGAAAGAGACAUGUGUUGUUUGUGUGUUUUCAAGAGCAUUUUUUUCCUGUGCUCGGUCGAACCGCCAAUUUCAAUUUCGCUUUUCUUUUGCCUGUGUAAAAAGACUGUUCACACAUUUUGAUGUAACAUGUUAAUAUUUAUCUCCUGUUUAAUGCCCGUCUCUAUGCAAAGUUCGUGCUGGCAAGGUGAUGAGUGAUACUUGAUCACUCCAGUCGAAAAAAAUGAUGAGUGCAGGAAUGAUUUCCUAUGGCCCGCGCAAAUUGAUCCAUACGUAAAUUUUUCCAUAGUGCGUUUCACUGUGCCUAUUGCUAUAGGUCCGUUGUUAUGUAUCAACAUCUCCAAAGGCAAUACAUCGAUUUUCUCUUCACAGUCAA